GCAUCCAACAAGAGUGACAAAUGAUCAGCCAGUACGUGGCUGAGCUGAGGGCUGCCGCAAUAAAUUGCGAGUUUGCCGACCUCGAAGAUGCCCUCUUGGAGCAGUUCAUUUAUGGACUGCUCGAUAUUAAUUUACAUCGCCGCAUUUUGUCCCGCACUGAACUUUCCAUGAAAAUUGCGGUGGACGAAGCCUGCGCAUAUGAGAUGACCGGCCAGUCCACCCCUGAUGUCCGGCGAUUCCCUCUGUCUGCGAUGCCAGCGCUGCCUCAUUCGGCUGUCCAUUGCCAAAUGAUGGUCAACGACCCCUAUGCCGACGCUGCUUCCUCCGUUGACCGCCUCCGGUCUCUGCCAUCUCAGGAUGGCGGUGUGUGCCUCAGCUGUGGCGGCCACCAUUCCAGGGCCUCCUACCGUUUCAGAACGGCUCUCUGCCGCAAGUGCGGUAAGAAGGGCCACAUCGCAGCCGUUUGCCGCUCCACUCCAGGGGAUGCUCGCAACCCGAGGCCCCCGCCUUCUGCUUCCUCUGCUCCUCCUGCUGCCUUCAGACGUCAGCCUCCUGGGCCUUCUGCCACCCGCCUGGGGUGGUACGCUGUCUCCAAUCCCGGGCCUCCUGUGCCCGACUGGCUGCCUGACUCCGCUGCCUCCUCCUAUGGCGGCCAGGGUAAGAUGCACCUUCACGUCUUACUCACCGGCCGCCCCUGCCGGAUGGAACUGGACAUGGGCUCAGCCCGCACGAUAAUGUCCUGGGACACCCUGCGGGCAUUGCUUCCGACCCUUACACCUAGUCAGCUGUCCCCUGCAGACUGCCUCCUGAGGGACUACCAGGGCAACCCUAUCCCCAUCCUGGUUUGCGGGUAUUUCCCUGUCCAGUUUGGGAAAUUGUUGUUGCCCCUUGUUGUUGUCAAAAGCCCCCUGGCAUCCCUCAUGGGGCUAGACUGGUUCAGGGCUUUUGGUCUUAGCAUAGCCGGCAUUAACUCUCUCCGCCUCGCCUCUUCCCUAGAUUCCCUCCUGUCAGAGUUCGAUGACAUCUUCUCAGAUGCCCUGGGUUGCUACAAAGGCAACCCCAUCUCCCUUAAUCUGGACCCUAUGGUGGCGCCCAUCCGCCUAAAGGCACGACGGGUUCCUUUUGCCCUGCGGGCUCGUGUGGAUGCGGAGAUCGAUAAACUGAUCUCUCAGGGCAUCCUGGAACCCGUUGAUCAUGCCCCUUGGGAGACCCCCAUAGUGCCUUUGAAGUCCGACGGGUCCCUGAGGGUCUGCGCGGACUAUAAGGCAACCCUCAACAAGGCCCUUCAGGCGCAUCCCUAUCCCGUGCCCAUAGUGCAACACGUUCUGCAGUCCUUGGGCCAGGGCAAGAUUUUCGCGAAAUUGGACCUGGCCCAAGCCUACCAGCAAUUGCUGGUUGACGAGGCCUCUGCCACUGCCCAAACUAUAGUGACCUACCGCGGGGCUUUCAAAUGCCGCCGUUUACAGUUUGGGGUCAGCGAGGCUCCCAGUAUUUUUCAAGGGCUCAUGGAGCGAGUGCUCCAUGGCAUCCCGGGUGUAGUGCCCUAUUUUGACAAUGUCAUGAUUGCCGCUCCGGACCAAUCAGGACUCGUCAAGACUCUUAGGGCGGUGCUAUCUCGAUUCUGAGAUGCCGGCUUGCACUUGAAACGAUCAAAGUGCCAGCUGGGUGUGCCAUCCUAGGGUUUCUCGUGGAUUCCAGAGGAAUCCACCCCACCCCUUCCAAAA